AUGAACAAAUUCCGUGGUCAACGAUACAACGGCGCCAAUGAGUGGAGCUUCCUCAAGAGCAUGUCAAACCGAGAGCCUAAUGUUUCUCAGAUACCCUCCCCACAUACCCUCCCCAGAUACCCUCCCCGAUACCCUCAUCCAGAUACCCUCCCCAAGAUACCCUCCGCCAGGAUACCCUCUCCAGAUACCCCCCCUCCCCAGAUACCCUUCCCCAGAUACCCCUCCCCAGAUACCCCCCUCUCCAGAUACCCUCCCCAGAUACCCUCCCCCAGAUACCCUCCCUCCCAGAUACCCUCCCCAGAUACCCUCCCAGAUACCCUCCCCAGAUACCCUCCCCAGAUACCCUUCCAGAUACCCUCUCCAGAUUACCCUACCCAGAUACCCCCCAGAUACCCUCUCCAGAUACCCUCUCCAGAUACCCUCUCCAGAAUACCCUCCCCAGAUACCCUCCCCAAUACCCUCCCCAGAUACCCUCCCGCAGAUACCUCUCCAGAUACCCUCCCAGAUACCCUCGCAGAUACCCUCCCAGAUCCCUCCCAGAUACCCUCCCCAGAUACCCUCCCCAGAUACCCUCCCAGAUACCCUCACAGAUACCCUCCCCAGAACUCCCAGAUACCCUCUCCAGAUACCCCUCCCCAGAUACCCUCCCAGAUACCUCUCCAGAUCCCUCCCCAGAUACCCUCCCCAGAUACCCUCUCCAGAUACCCUCCCCAGAUACCCUCCCCAGAUACCCUCCCCAGAAUACCCUCCCCAGAUACCCUCCCCAGAUACCCUCCCCAGAUACCCUCCCAGAUACCCUCCCCAGAUACCCUCUCCAGAUACCCUCCCCAGAUACCCUCCCCAGAUACCCUCCCCAGAUACCCUCUUCCAGAUACCCUCCCCAGAUACCCUCCCCAGAUACCCUCUCCCAGAUACCCUCCCAGAUACCCUCCCAGAUACCUCCCCAGAUACCCUCCCCAGAUACCCUCUCCAGAUACCCUCCCCAGAUACCCUCCCCAGAUACCCUCCCCAGAUACCCUCUCCAGAUACCCUCCCCAGAUACCCUCCCCAGAUACCCUCUCCAGAUACCCUCCCCAGAUACCCUCCCCAGAUACCCUCUCCAGAUACCCUCCCCAGAUACCCUCCCCAGAUACCCUCUCCAGAUACCCUCCCAGAUACCCUCCCCAGAUACCCUCUCCAGAUACCCUCUCCAGAUACCCUCCCCAGAUACCUCUCCAGAUACCCUCCCCCAGAUACCUCCCCAGAUACCCUCCCCAGAUACCCCUCCCCAGAUACCCCUCCCCAAUACCCUCCCCAGAUACCUCUCCAGAUACCCUCUUCCAGAUACCAAUCCCAGGGUCACCCUCCCCAGAUACCCUCCCCAGAUUACCCUCUCCAGAUACCCUCUCCAGAUACCCUCUCCAUGAUACCCUCUCCAGAUACCCUCCCCAGAUACCCUCCCAGAUACCCUCUCCAGAUACCCUCCCCAGAUACCCUCCCAGAUACCCUCCCCAGACCCUCUCCAGAUACCCUCCCCAGAUACCCUCCCCAGAUACCCCUCCCCAGAUACCCUCUCCAGAUACCCUCUCCAGAUACCCUCUCCAGAUACCCUCCCCAGAUACCCUCCCCAGAUACCCUCUCCAGAUACCCUUCCCCAGAUACCCUCCCCAGAUACCCUCCCCAGAUACCCUCUCCAGAUACCCUCUCCAGAUACCCUCUCAGAUACCUCCCCAAUACCCUCUCAGAUACCCUCUCCAGAUACCCUCCCAGAUACCCUCCCCAGAUACCCUCCCCAGAUACCCUCUCCAGAUACCCUCUCCCAGAUACCCUCCCCAGAUACCCUCUCCAGAUACCCUCCCCAGAUACCCUCUCCAGAUACCCUCCCCAGAUACCCUCCCAGAUACCCUCCCCAGAUACCCUCUCCAGAUACCCUCCCCAGAUACCCUCCCCAGAUACCCUCCCCAGAUACCCUCUCCAGAUACCCUCCCCAGAUACCCUCCCCAGAUACCCUCUCCAGAUACCCUCCCCAGAUACCCUCCCCAGAUACCCUCCCCAGAUACCCUCCCCAGAUACCCUCUCCAGAUACCCUCCCCAGAUACCCUCCCCAGAUACCCUCUCCAGAUACCCUCCCCAGAUACCCUCCCCAGAUACCCUCUCCAGAUACCCUCCCCAGAUACCCUCCCAGAUACCCUCUCCAGAUACCCUCCCCAGAUACCCUCCCCAGAUACCCUCUCCAGAUACCCUCCCCAGAUACCCUCUCCAGAUACCCUCCCCAGAUACCCUCCCCAGAUACCCUCUCCAGAUACCCUCUCCAGAUACCCUCCCCAGAUACCCUCUCCAGAUACCCUCCCAGAUACCCUCUCCAGAUACCCUCCCCAGAUACCCUCCCCAGAUACCCUCUCCAGAUACCCUCUCCAGAUACCCUCCCCAGAUACCCUCCCCAGAUACCCUCCCCAGAUACCCUCCCCAGAUACCCUCUCCAGAUACCCUCUCCAGAUACCCUCCCCAGAUACCCUCUCCAGAUACCCUCCCCAGAUACCCUCCCCAGAUACCCUCCCCAGAUACCCUCCCCAGAUACCCCUCUCCAGAUACCCUCCCCAGAUACCCUCUCCAGAUACCCUCCCCAGAUACCCUCUCCAGAUACCCUCCCCAGAUACCCUCCCAGAUACCCUCCCCAGAUACCCUCCCCAGAUACCCUCUCCAGAUACCCUCUCCAGAUACCCUCCCCAGAUACCCUCUCCAGAUACCCUCUCCAGAUACCCUCCCCAGAUACCCUCUCCAGAUACCCUCUCCAGAUACCCUCUCCAGAUACCCUCCCCAGAUACCCUCUCCAGAUACCCUCUCCAGAUACCCUCUCCAGAUACCCUCUCCAGAUACCCUCUCCAGAUACCCUCUCCAAGCCCAAAUAUUAAACAUGAUGCUAUUAAAAAACGUGUGCAGCACCUCAACUCUUCAUUUGUCAGUUUGAAUCGGACAGCAGCCAAUCAAAUUGUGCCAGCUGAGAAACAGUUGUGCGUGUCUGUGCAGAGGAACGUCGGCGGGGGAAUUCAGAUGGAGCUCUUGGAAAGAUGA